CAAUGAGUUGAACUAAUAAAGGAAUGGAAAGUUCCAAUAGAAAUAAAGUUUUCCUUUUUGUGGCUGCUAGUGGAGGUCUACCUGAAAGGGAAAUAACAUUUGCACAAGCUUUAAAAACAAAAGGCUAUUCAACUGCUAUUAUUGGCAAAUGGCACCUGGGAAAUGACUGUCAUAUAAGAGGUGAUGGUUGCCACCAUCCGUUAAAUCAUGGAUUUGAUUAUUUUUAUGGACUGCCAUUAUCAAAUUUCAAAGAUUUUGGAGAUGAUGGUCAAAGUGUUGUAACUACUUAUGUACCAGAUUUUUAUUCAUAUAGCUUAGCACUUAUUAUUUGUGCAAUUACAGUAAUUUAUUUUAUUUAUUCAAAGCACAAAUUUGUAUCUAUUUUCAUAUUAAUACUUUUUGUAAUUCUACCAAUUAUUUUGAGUUUGUUCAUCUUAAACCUGAAGACAGUCAAUGGAAUUUUAAUGGAAAACAAAGAGGUUAUUGAACAGCCAAUAACACUUAAAGGUCUUACUCAACGAUUUGUGAAAAAGGCUAAAGAUUUUUUAUCUGUUCAAACUGCAGAGAAAAAGCCAUUCCUACUUUACAUGCCAUUUGUGCAUGUUCAUACAGCAUUAUUUUGUUCAGAUGAGUUUUCUGGGAAAAGUAAAUAUGGACGCUAUGGUGAUAAUAUUGCAGAAAUGGACUGGGCUGUUGGUGAGAUAGUGAAGAGUUUACAAACUUUAGAGCUUAUAAAUAACACUUUUAUAUAUUUUUCAUCAGAUAAUGGUGGACACAUUGAAGAAGUAGGAAAAAAUGGACAAAGAGAAGGAGGACAUAAUGGCAUAUUUAAAGGUGGCAAAAUGAUGGGUGGAAUGGAAGGUGGAAUAAGAGUUCCAAGCAUUAUUUCUUGGCCUGGACACAUCCAUAAACAUGAUAUUGAUGUUGCAACAUCUCAAAUGGACAUCUUUUCAACUAUUAGUGAUCUGGCAAAUAUUCCUUUACCUACAGAUAGAAUAAUUGAUGGCAAAUCUCUUGUACCUCUUCUAAAAGAUGGUUCAGAAAGUCCACACAAAUUUCUCUUUCAUUACUGUGGGAAACAGAUUCAUGCUGCUACUUACAUUGAUACAAAUGGACAAAAUGUAUGGAAAGUACACUGGAUCACUCCAAAAUUCAUACCAGGUACGGACAGGUGUCUAUAUGUGUGCCACUGUUUUGGAAAGUUUGUUGUUCAUCAUGAUCCACCUCUUCUAUUUGAUUUGUCUACUGAUCCAUCAGAAUCAAAUCCAAUUGAUGCAAUCACCAAUGAUUAUUACUUAAAAAUAAUUUCAAAAGUAAAUGAAGCAAAAUUCCAACAUUUUUCGUCCUUGGAAUACCCAGAGGACCAAUUUAGUUUUUUAAAUUCUGUUUGGAAACCAUGGUUACAACCAUGUUGCAACUUUCCAUAUUGUAAAUGCACAGAUCUUAAUUUCACAGUCCAAUCAAGAUAAAAUAGUGAUCUCCAAUGCCAUGUCUUUUACCUGAAAUCAUUAUUGUACAUAGAGUUAAAAAUAAUUAUUUUGAUAUACAAUUCUCAAAUUUUAUACAGUAUUAAUAUUUAUAUAAAUAAAAUGCAAUAUUUUUGUUCAUGUAGUUUUAUAAUAAAGAUUAACUGAAUAACCAA